CCCUGCGUCUACCACUACCAUCACCACCCAAACAUCCCCGGUCGCCUCGUGCUCGACUUCACAGACUCUAUCUAAGCGACGCUUCACUAACACGUUGUUGUUUCCCCCCUGCGCUCUUCAAGUAUAUCCGACUUUUCACUAUUUCCUCCUUCGCCUUCUUCGUUCUCUUGUCGCAGCUUACCCCGCUGUCACUUGCCAACACUUCCGUUCCUCCUAGCAACUCAUGCGCCAUCCGGCAUCGAAACGAUCGCAUGCGAUCUCAGCUUCUUGACACGAGCUGUCUGAUACCGUGCUAAUAUCGACCUCACUUCGCCCUCGCCAAUAGACGACACGCCCAUAGCGCGUCCGAGACAUCGGUCACUAGAGAUACCCGCCGUUCAUGUCGAGCCUACAUCUCAACCAUCGCUGUUCUUCUCUGCUGUCCUGCUGACUCGAUUCCCCGUAACGACCGAAAUGAUAUCUGACGAACAUUAUGACCUCUGUCGUCCUAUCCUGGACGACAGUACGAUAGAUGAAGAGGAGAAGACCGAACGCCUUGAGGAACUUCUCGCUAAAGAGGCUGGGUUAAGUGGUACUCCCCUGGAAAAUGCCGUUCUGAACGCUUUGUGGAAACACCGGAAUGCGCAACGAGGAGAGAACUCGGACACUCCAUUACGGCAUCAAGUCAUUCGCAAGUCAUCGCCAGCGCCAUGGCAGGCCAGAGCUCCUACGCCGCUAGGUUCACCUCCACCUCUCUCCUCAAGCCCGGCUCUCUCAACCGGCUUUCCAGUCUCGCGCCCAAGUUUCUCUCGGCAAAGGUCCAGUGCGCCGUCCCCAUUCGCUUCUCCUCGACCAUCUCCUCGACUUGCUUUGGCGCAACCUAUACCCCAUAGUCCGAGCCUGAAUGCUUAUGAGUUUUCUGAUGCCAGCCCUGCCCCGGAUAUUUAUGGAGACUACGGCCAUGAGAACGUGGACUGGCUGCUGGCGGAUGAAAAUGGAAGUAAUGCUGCUUUCGGUAGCCUUAAUGCAGUUGCACCAGAGUGGCUUCCUCAACCGGAUAUGAGCCCUUAUGAUAUAUUACGAUCCGUGUUAGGUGACCGGAAAACCGAUGAGGAGAUCGAGGAUGCUCUAAACAAGAAUUCAUACGACCUCGGUGCCACUAUUGCUUCGCUACUUGGAACCGAUAGUGGUGAUGCUCAAUAUACGGGGGUACCCAGCAGUGACGCCAAUGUCUUGGUUGGGAAGUCUAUGGCGGUCAAUCCAGUUCGACCGACGACGCCUGGAUCAUCCAAAAGCCCCAUUGUCUGUAAAUACUGGCUGGCAUCCGGAUCGUGUCUGCGUGCCGAUUGUCGAUUUGCUCACGACACGAGCGGCUAUCUUUGCAAGUAUUGGAUGAGCGGCAACUGCUUAGCCGGCGAUGCUUGUCAAUUUUCUCACGAUCCAGCCCUCCUUAUCAAUCAACUUAAUGUGAAUGAGAAUGGCCAGACCGCGACGUUCCAACUCCAGGACCAGUAUGACCAGUUCCCAACACUAUCAGCGCAAAAUGUAAGAAGCACACUUCAAGCUGGGUUAGCUGCAGGCAACACUUUCGUUCCGAGCAGUCAAAAAUCUCGAAGUGCGUUGGGAAAUUUUGGUACUACAUCGCGACCACAUUCGCGGCCCAGUUCCCGCCAUCAGAAUCGUCCCGAAACGCCAUCGUCAUUGGCUAUGGAUGACACAGAUGCGUUCCCUGCUUUGGGAUCUCUGAGUGCUAAAAGGGCAAAACAUCAUGGUCAUCGGUCUAGACAUGGCCAUAGUGUCGAAAAAGAACAGCCAUCUUCGCUUGCUGAUGUCGUGCGCAUGUCGCCCUCCCCAGUACCAGGUCAGGCACGCAAGGGUGACGCGAUCCGCAAAAUUCGCACCUAUGGUGGCUCGGAGAGUGCGGCAGCGAAGAGAAUACCUGAGCCACAGCAUAUCCCGUGGCUAGAAACGGGCUCGCGUGCUAAUCAACAGUAUUUAAAGUAUAGACAGGAAGCUAUUAAACAUGGCAGCGUCCGCAACAAAUUUCUGCAAAGUGCUGCACAAGCGUGGAAUCGCAACGAUGCACGGGCUGCGAAGGCAUUGUCGCUACGAGGACAGGCCGAGAACGAUGCGAUGAGAAAGGCUCAUCGAGAAGCAGCGAAAGCGCUAUAUGACGAACGAAACGCACAUCUCUCAUCAACAGAUGACAGUGAUGAGCUGUAUGUCGAUCUUCAUGGUCUUCAUCCUGAAGAAGCCAUUGAAUAUCUAGAGAAUAUCCUUCUUACCCAAUCCAAGCGAGGCAGAAGAAUUGUCUACGCCAUCACUGGGACUGGUCACCACAGCAAAAACGGCAAGGACAAAGUAGGCAAAGGCGUCCGAAAUUGGCUUAACGAAUGGGGCUAUACGUUCCGAGAGUUCAGCGUGCCAGGGGAGCGAGGCGGCUAUAUUGGAGGUGUGCUAGGAAUCGAUAUCACGAGUCACAGACGGCAGCCCAUCUCACUGGAAAGUGACUCGAGAGAAGGAGAGACUUCUCCUCCGGCGGUUGUGGCAACUAUUGGGGCUAAGAUACAGGUGCUGAAGCGUGACGAAGUGCCCGCUUGAGGCGUCGCUCGAUAUAGGUGGUAAUCGCCGACUUUAUCAGCUCGAGUGAAAUGAUGUGGUCUUGAAAUGAUAUUGGAAGAAUACAAAUAGCAUGCCUGUUAGCUGGACAUGCAGCGAGAUCAUCACCAUCAGGAUGACAACCCUCGAUAGAAGAGAUCCAAUAUAUC